AUGGAAAUCAAUUCGACACUUAUUCUUUUACCCACGGAAAUUCGCCAAGAAAUAUUUAAAAAUCUCGAUAACGCAGCAUUAUUCAAAUGUUUGUUGGUUGAUCGACAAUGUUGCCGUGAAAUAGUGCCGAUAUUAUGGGAAGCCCCAUUAUCUAAAAUACUUAACAAAUCACGUAUUGACAGAGAAGAAAGGCAAAAAAGAUUGGUGAAAGUUGUUAAUGUAUAUCUAGGAAGUUUCACCAAAGAAACUUGGGAAUUUCUGCGUGCCAAUGGGAUCAGUCGACCUCGAAACAUCAGAACGCCAGCAUUUAACUAUGCAGCAUUUUUACGACACUAUGAGAUAACUGCUGUAUCUUACGCAACAGUAGAAUGGUUACAACAAAAAUCGGUCAUUCCAACCGUAAAGCAAAUGAGAAAACGUGAGGCGUUAAGAAAGUCAUUGUGUGCACUCUUUGUGGAACAAGCGCAAACGAUACGAUCAUUUCAUAAUGACUUAAGUCUUGAAAGCGAAUUGUGGGUUAUUGACACACCUAAAGAGCAUAUUGAAAGAAUAGGAUUGGAUCUUCGAGAAUUAAGAGUUUCCGGAAUCACAUUGAACACAGAUCUUUUAAGUCUUUUUGAAAAUUUAGCUGAAUUCUGUCGCUCUAUUCGUGGAAUUACACUUGCUAACCUUCGUAGCUUUAGUGAAAAUAUCGUGAACGAGGCGACGAAAAAGACAGCCAUUGGAUUAAAAAGCGUGAUUGAAGCGCAGAGUGAGCUGCAAUGGCUCCAGCUAUUUCAACUGACUGCUGCUAAUACUAAAGUUAUCAUUAAUUCGCUUCACGCUUCAUCGAAAACAUUACGUGCAAUCAAGUUUUUCCGAAUUGACUUUAAUUUGCUUAAAAAAAACGUUGUGAUUGAAGGCUUAAGGAGUUGUGCAAACCUACUUUGCUUAGAUUUCACUAAAUGCAAAGCAAUAGAGCAACAAUCAUGGAUUGAAACAGCCCAAUCUUUCAAAAAGCUAGAAUUUUUAACCAUUACGAUAUCAUUAGUUGCCGAAUUUCCUGUUGAAUUUAUAAAGAAAGUUAUUGAAACUAGCAGCCUCAAUCUUAAAUAUUUUCAGCUUAGACAAGAAACAUUUACGCAAUUUUCUGGAUUUGGCGAGAAGAUCGUAAAAGAGAUACUCCCGUUCAUCCUCUUAUAUAGUCGUAACCUUCGAGUAUUUGGCGUUCAAGAUUUGAAUAUGGAUAGUAUUGUUUCUCUAUUAAAUUCUUGCCGAAAACUUGAACAUCUAGAAGUCUACUCGAAAAAUUUAGACGACACUCUUGAUAUUUUGGCGACAAAACUUCCCCCUUCAAUUUAUUCUCUGAGAAUUCAUAAACCUCUGAAUCAUAGUAACAUAUCGAGAAAACCCUUGAUUGAAUUCCUAAAGACCACUCGUAAUCAUCUGAGACUUCUUUCUAUUCAUAUCAAUGAUUUCAACGGAAUUAUUGAAAAAACGGCAAAGGAUUAUGGCGUCAAAUUUAUCACUUCGCCGAUAGAAGACGGUGUUUAUCCCGACUAUUUUCCGAAAUUUUAA